AUGGUCUUUCUCUCGGUAAGUUUGCAAACAUUUGAUGAUCUAUAUACUUAUUAUGAUUAUGUAGGCUAUAAUGUCGAUCCAGCGCAAACAUCGCUGGCCUUUUGCAAGAUCAAGUUCUAUCUUACAUAUAUUACGGCUAUUCUACCACCAAGUUUUAUGGUUUUAGCUUGUAUCGAUCGAUUGUUAUUGAGCUCACGAAGUGCGACAGCACGUUCAUGGAGUCAACCACGAUUUGCCUAUCGAUCGAUAGGUUGUGUAUCUCUAUUCUGGAUACUCUUUUCCAUUCAUAGUUUAUUUGGCUCCACCAUUUUUUCAAGAUUAGGCUAUACACAGUGUUACAUUCAGCCAGGUUCCUAUACACUCUUUGUAGCUUUAUAUUCAAUCAUCAUCAAUUAUUUUUUACCACCAACACUCAUGGCUAUCUUUGGUUUACUUACCAUUGCUAAUAUUCGACAAACACAAAGACGAAUUCAUCCAAUGACAAGAGCUGGGUAUUUGCAUCGAAAAGAUCGACAUCUUUUACGCAUGUUACUUUUUCAAGUACUGGUCAAUAUUAUAUGUGCGAUACCAGGAGGAGGUUAUCAGGUAUGA